AUGUCUGAUACGCGAGAGAUCAUAGCAUCAAUGGCUGCAGAGGAGAGCAGUAUCCUUCCGUUCACGAAAGGUCUCACUGGAGUAGACUUGUGGUUCAACAGCCUCACUAGUAAUGUGCUGUACGGCUCUCUUGGUCUCAUUGCAUUAUCGGUGGUUAUGUUUCGAGCUACGCAGUUAUUAUGUGCCUACAUCCGACUCAUAUCAACCGUCUCCCUUCCAGGUGAUGGCCAAAAGUAUUGGACGCACCCGGGGACUGUUUGGCCAAAACUGAAACGACAACUCCUCGUCGCCCCCCUCAUCCGAAAGAGACACAACAAAGAGCUGCAGAUCUCUGCUGCGAUCAACGUGGGGACACUACCCUCGCGGCUUCACACGCUUUUCCUCUCUUUUUACGUGCUGACAAAUGUGCUCUACUGUUGUAUACUUGAUUAUGGCCACAAGGAGAGAGCAGCCUUAUUGGCAGAAGCUCGAGGGCGAACUGGACAUCUGGCUGUGAUGAAUAUUGUGUCAUUAUUUAUGUACUCUGCCAGGAACAACCCGUUGAUUGCGUUACUCGGUGUUCCAUUCGAUUCUUUCAACCUGUUCCAUCGAUGGGUUGGCCGCCUGGUUGUCGUCGAGUCACUUGCGCAUACCUUUUUCUGGGGUGUCAACAACUACGCAGUCUUUGGCUUAGAAGGACUAACCACUCGACUUCGAUCGGAUCCUUUCUUGGUCUAUGGAUUGGUGGCAAUGGUAGCAAUGGUUGUAAUCAUCAUUCAAUCGGCCUCUGUUAUUCGACACGCGUUUUACGAGACAUUUCUGCACCUACACCAGUUUCUUGUGGUAGUAAUCCUUGCGGGGAUACUAUUACAUUGUGAACAGGAGAAGCUGCCUCAGAGACCAACGAUAUAUCUAUUGAUAUCAUUUUGGGUAGCCGAACGACUAACUCGCCUGUUACGGAUAUUUUAUCGCCGUAGUGCAACAGCGAAGAUCGAAGCUCUCGAUGGUGGCGCUUGCCGAGUUACGUUCGACGUUCGAGGAAGUUGGUCGAAAACACCGGGCUGUCAUGUUUAUGUUUACUUUCCUGCUCUUUCGCUCUGGAUGUCCCAUCCAUUCAGCAUCGCAUGGGUCGAAAGCAUACAUCAGAAGUCAUGUGACAAUUCUGAAACACCUUUAUCAAACGAUAGCGAAGAUGAUUUCAGACCGAUUCCGAGGAGUUCACGAACUGCCGUUUCGUGCGUUAUUGCUUGUCGAACCGGUAUGACAGCCGCGCUCUACCGAAAGGCACGGCAAUCACCAACAGGCACUAUUAGCCUGAAGGCAUUUAUUGAAGGUCCGUAUGGUGGACUUGAGAACAUGAGGUCGUAUGGAACAGUUUUGUUGUUCGCGGGGGGUGUAGGCAUCACUCAUCAACUCACUCAUUUACGAGACUUACUUGGCGCUGUUGGGGAUAGUACUUGUGCAACGAGAAAGGUAGUUCUUGUUUGGGUAGUACAAUCUGCUGAGCAAUUAGAUUGGACGAGGCCAUGGAUGGAAGAGCUUCUUCGUAUGCCGCGACGAGGAUGCGAGUUCAAUGUGUUACGUUACGUGACACGGAAAGCGCCAGAAACUCUGCACUCAUAUGAAGAUAUCGCCCUGAAGGACGAGACGGGGACAAUAACGGUGGAGGAAGCAGAGUAUCAGCCAUCGUAUUGCUUUGGUCGGCCCGAUGUUGCCCGCGUUCUCAACAAGCAAUUCAGAGAACGGGUCGGCGCUAUGUGCGUUGGAGUCUGUGGUCCUGGAGGUCUUGCUGAUGAUGUUCGUGCUGCUUCGCGAAACCUUAUGGAAGCUGGCAACCUGGAUUUCUGGGAGGAAGCUUUCACUUGGUAA